CACCGGGCUGCCGACCUGUCCACUCGGCAUGUGGGAGGGCGGUGGGGGCGGGGCUCGGCGGCCCGGGACCGCUGAUUGGCCGCCGCGGCCUUUCCCUUCCCUUUUCUGGUCUCCCAGCCCAGGUGCGAGCCGACCUCCCGCCUGCCCUGCAGCCUCCACCUGUGCGCUGGGCAGGUUAUAACUUCGCCCGCAUCCGUUGAAGCACCAGCUGCCAUUUCGGGAAGGAGUUUGGGUGCUCAUAGCCUUACUGCCCAUGACAGAUUUUGACGAUAAUAUUUGCAAAAGAUACUUAAGUAUGAUUACUAACAUAGUAAUAUUGAGCCUCAUCAUAUGCAUAUCCUUAGUCCUCUGGAUUGUGUCGAUGACUGCUGGCACCUACUAUGGUAACUUACGGCCUAUUUCUCCUUGGCGUUGGUUGUUUUCUGUUGUUGUUCCUGUUUUGAUCUCCUCUAAUGGCUUUAAAAAGAAAAGUCUAGAUCACAGUGGGGCCUUGGGAGGGCUAGUGGUUGGAUUUAUCAUAACCAUUGCAAAUUUCAGCUUUUUUACCUCUUUGCUGAUGUUUUUCAUUUCUUCUUCGAUACUUACUAAAUGGAAGGGAGAAAUAAAGAAGCGUCAAGAUUCAGAAUAUAAAGAAGGAGGGCAAAGGAAUUGGGUCCAGGUGUUCUGUAAUGGAGCUGUGCCCACAGAGCUAGCCCUGUUGUACAUGAUAGAAAACGGCCCUGGAGAAAUACCAAUUGAUUUUUCCAGGCAACACACCGCUUCCUGGAUGUGUUUGUCUCUCUUGGCCUCCCUGGCCUGCUCUGCUGGAGAUACCUGGGCUUCAGAAGUUGGCACAAUUCUGAGUAAAAGCCCGCCAAGGCUGAUAACAACUUGGGAGAAGGUUCCAGUUGGUACCAAUGGAGGCGUUACAAUGGUGGGAUUUGCUUGCAGUCUCCUGGGUGGUACCUUUGUGGGCAUCACAUACUACCUCACACAGUUGGUUUUUGUGAAUGAUUUAGACAUUUCCGCUCCCCAGUGGCCCAUUAUUGCAUUUGGGGGUCUAGCUGGAUUACUGGGAUCAGUUGUGGACUCAUAUUUAGGGGCAACAAUGCAAUUUACUGGUUUGGAUGAAAACACUGGCAUGGUGAUCAACAACCCCACACAUAAGGCAAAGCACAUAGCAGGGAAACCCAUUCUCGAUAACAAUGGGGUGAAUCUGUUUUCUUCCAUUCUUAUUGCCCUCUUGCUCCCAACAGUUGCUUGGGGAUUUUGGCCCAGAGAGUGAACUUUAUUUGAUUUCCACAUGUUGACACUGGGUCCCUCAGCUGCAGUCCAAAUGGGGCACACAUUGGAGACUCCAUUUACCCUAGGGCAGCUUUCUGAACCACGGAGGACAAGUUCAUCAUGGAUCCUACACUUCUUUUGUCCCUUGAUGCCUAUUUGUAAGCAAUAAAUCUGCAUCU